AUGAGUCUCUCAUGCAUCACUUGCCGCCCACUCAGCCGGUCAAGCUCCGAGAGAGAGCCAGAGCUUGACCUCAACCUCAGCUUCGGCCAAUGCUGUGGAAGCGGCGGCGGCGGUGCAUGGUCACCGCGGAGCAUCACACCUCCCUAUGCCCAUUUGAGCAAGAGCGGGCCCAUUGGCCCGGCCCCUGAGUCUGUUAUCAAGGCCCACCACCGCAAGGUUAGCAGCACCGCCGGUGAACCGGUGCUGCUCCGCAGUGGUGGCAUGCGCAGGGACUGGAGCUUUGAGGACCUUCGCAACCGGCAAACUUCGCCGGUGCAUGCAUCACAGCUUGGGAGGGAAAGGAGAGGAUGA